UUCAAUUGAACCAUCUAUAAAAAUGAAUCGUCCGCUCGAUCUAAACGUGGUGAAGCAAGACAUCCUCGUCGGGAUGGUAGAGUGUGAGAAACGGUGCUUGAUGCAGUGCACCAAAUGGCUUGCCGAGUUGAAUCACGGUCUGUCCGAAACUCCCAUCGAACUACGUGGUAAUACCGCACUACAAAACGGGUACGACGGAAUAGACGAUGCCGAAUACGAUAGCUAUUUGCUGGCGAAAAGCUAUUUCCACGUGCGUGAGUACGACCGGUCCGCCUACUUUACGCGAAACUGUGUUUCACCGGUGCCGAAGUUUCUGCAUCUGUACGCAACGUACAUGUCGAAGGAGAAGAAACGAUUGGACAACAUGACGGACAGUUCGGUCGUUAGUUCGGUAAGCCACGCGAAAGACUUUUCCGAACUGUUGAGCAUUUUGCGGACGGAGCAUAGCCAACAGUCCCUCGAUGGUUACUGUCUGUAUCUGUACGGUGUUAUACUGAAAAAGCUGGACCUAACGCGCAAUGCGGUGCAGGUGUUUGUCGAGGCAAUCAGAGCGGAACCUACACUUUGGAGUGCCUGGUUAGAAUUGGCACCACUUGUAGACGAUACAACAAUGUUGAAAAACUUGAAGCUACCGAAUCACUGGAUGAAAAGCAUUUUUGAGGGCUACACUUACAUCGAGCUGUUCCAAAACGACAAGGGUAUCAAAAUUUUCGAAAAUCUUCAAAAGAAUGGUUUCAGCAAAUGUAUCUUCAUCCCCACACUGCUUGCGAUCGCCUAUUCGAACAAGCGGGACGUGGAUCGGUCGAUCGGUAUAUUUCAACAUCUUCAAAGCGUCGAUCCGUACCGGCUAGACAAUUUGGAUUCGUACUCGAAUCUGCUGUUUGUGAAAGAUAUGAAAACGGAAAUGUCCCAUCUGGCCCACAAGGUGGUAGAGAUCAACAAGUACAGCCCGGAGACGUGUUGCGUGGUGGGGAACUAUUACAGCAUACGAUCAGAUCACUACAAGGCGGUAAUGUAUUUUCAACGUGCGCUUAAACUGAAUCCUCGUUAUCUGUCGGCCUGGACACUGAUGGGACACGAGUUUAUGGAGAUGAAAAAUACCAAUGCGGCAAUUCAAAGCUAUCGGCAAGCGGUUGAGGUCAACAGAAGAGAUUUCCGAGCCUGGUACGGACUUGGACAGGCGUACGAAAUUCUCAAAAUGACGUUCUACAGCUUAUACUACUACCAAGCAGCCCAGGUGCUACGCCCCUACGACAGCCGCAUGCUAGUCGCCCUGGGAGAGACGUACGAAAAGCUGAACAAAGAGGACGUCGCACUCGUAUGCUACCGGAGGGCGUACGAAGUGGGUGACAUUGAAGGUGUAGCACUGUACAGUAUGGCCAAGCUGUACGAAAAGCAAGGUGAAACGGAGAAAGCCAUUCCGGCGUUUCUAAAGUUCUGCUCCGACGAGAAGCUGAUCGCGGAUAAGGCAUCCCUGUGUCACGCGUAUAUGACGCUUGGGAAUUAUUACGAAAAGAUCGAAGAUUUCGAGAAGGCGUCUCACUUUGCCUACAAAUGCUUAGACUACGAGGAAAUGAAACGGGAAGCGGAGUCGUUACUGAAAAGCAUCGCCACAAAGCGUGCACACAAGGGAACCACGUCAGCAGCAACAUCAGGCACAGGCACGCGACCACCGGGGUCUGCCAAAGCUGCCGAGGAUGAAAAGCCGGAUGAUGAUGUUGCAACGGAUUCGUACGGUGGGGAGGAUAUGGAGAUGGAUGAAACGAACGUUUCGAAACGGAUCGACAGUGCACUGGCGGAGGAAGAGCCGGGAAACAAUGAUAUGGCGGAAAGUUCCGGCAUACACGAAUUUCCCAUGGAAGAUACGUACGAUGUAAACGAAUGAAGUAAUAAAUGUCUCG